AUGGGCGUCCUUGGGUCCUUCAUGCCCAACAUUGGGCCCGGUCCCGGUUUUAUCCACCGGGAGGACUCUGGCAGCGACGACAACAAUGGAGACCUGCAGAACUGGUCAUCUCUUAUCGGCAUCACCACCGCCAUUGUCGGUAACGUCCUCAUCGCUCUUGCGCUGAAUGUGCAGCGCUAUGCGCACAUUCGUCUGCAUCGCGAGCGCCGGCGCGUCCGCCGACGAGCCAAAGAAGCAUUGAGGUCUAAUCAGGACGGCGUCAACGGCGCGAGAGGAGCCGCAGGAGGAACAUAUGGCACGCUGGGCACACCACAGAACCACACCGAAGACGAGACAUACUUCAAUGGCAAUCAUGCGGGGAAUGGAACGUCGGCGACAUCCGAUUCUCUGACCCGGUCGUUCCGGUCCGAAGACUCAACCGAGUCUGACAGCUCUGGGGACGAUGAAGAGCAGGUUGCCUCAACCUAUCUCAAAUCGCCAUACUGGUGGGCCGGCCAGAUUCUCAUCACUCUGGGCGAGCUCGGCAACUUUCUGGCGUAUGGGUUCGCGCCGGCGUCCAUCGUGUCGCCCCUCGGUGUCGUCGCCCUUAUCUCCAAUUGCAUCAUUGCUCCCAUCUUUUUCAAGGAAGUCUUCCGUCAGCGAGACUUCUGGGGCGUCAUCAUCGCGACCGGCGGCGUCGUCACAGUCGUUUUGAGCGCCAAACAAGAGGAAACAAAGCUGGACCCUCAUGAUGUGUGGGAUCACAUCACGACGAUCGAGUUCAAAGUAUACCUUGCCGUAACCGUCACGCUCAUCGCCAUCCUGAUGUGGGCAAGCCCUCGGUAUGGCCACCGAACCAUUCUGGUUGACCUCGGCCUUGUCGGUCUCUUCGGUGGCUACACUGCCCUGUCGACCAAGGGUGUCUCCUCAAUGCUCUCGUCCACCCUUCUUGGCGCCUUCAAGACUCCUGUCACAUAUGUGCUGCUCUUCAUUCUGCUGUUCACAGCCGUCAUGCAAGUUCGCUACGUCAACAAAGCCCUGCAGAGGUUUCCUUCGACACAGGUGAUCCCCAUCCAGUUUGUGACGUUCACCCUCUGUGUCAUUGUCGGCAGUGCCGUCCUGUACAGAGAUUUCGAGCGCACUUCUGGCGAACAAGCGGGGAAAUUCAUCGGCGGCUGCCUGCUCACCUUCUUUGGCGUGUUUCUGGUCACUAGCGGUAGGCCAGGGGAGGACGAAGAAGAGUCCUACUCGGAGAUCGAUGGCGAGGAAACGAUAGGACUCGCUCGUCACGAUUCGCACCAUUCUCGCAGCAUCCGUCAACCCUGGCGGGGCGUCAAGUUCCCGUCGUUCCUCCAAAGUAUCACACGCCAGCAUCUUUCAAACCGACAUGCAGCACGACAGCGGGAAGCCAACGCUCAGGAGACCAUCUAUCAACCCACCCAGGACCCCCGGCGAAUCGGCGCCACUCCUCAGCAACCCGUGGGUCAUGUCAGGCGACGAAUCGCCUGUUCGCGGUGUGCGCACCAUCUCUGA